AUGGAGACGACCGCCAGCAUCAUAGCAGUGACCCAGCUGUGCGAAAAAGUGAUCAAAUAUAUCAUCGCGGUGUCCGGUGCUAAGGACGAGAAAGCACGCCUUCGGUCGAAGAUCCGAGGCUGCAGUAGCUUGUUACUGCAGCUGCAAGAUGAAGCAGCGGACUCCGAAGAAGUCGAAGAAUGGACUCAGACCCUGGAACUACUCUCUGCUCCUCUGGCGCGUCUUCACGAAGCAUUGGGUCUGACAGCCGUUGCUUUAUCCUCUCGAGAUGGGGUUCGCGAGAAACUGCAAUGGCCGUUCAAGGAAAAAGAUGUAGGAAUGCUUGUGGAGGCGAUCGACAGUGAGAUGGCAAUGCUUUCCCUAGCUCUUGAUGGAAAUACAACACGACUACUUAUCGGAACCAACGCUCGCUCUAAGCGCAACGAAGAGGAUCUGAAGGAGUUGAAGGCAACCUUGAAACUGGACAUGGGAACAACUAUUUCGACUUUAGAGAGUCUUGGUGGAGACCUGGAAAAAAUUCAGAUCACUCAGAACGGCGUUCAGGGAGGAGUCGACAAACUGCAUGAGCGUCACGAUACGAAAGAAGCCAUCGAACAGCGUGAAAGCAUUUUAAAGUGGUUAACGCCUAUUGACCAUGCUUCACAACAGCGAGAUGCUAUCAGUCGGCGACAAGCUGGCACCGGCGGCUGGCUCCUGCACUCGCAAGUCUACCAAGACUGGCUCGGCACCAGCAAUCGUACCCUGUUCUGCCCUGGCAUUCCAGGCGCAGGCAAGACAGUGUCUGCCUCCAUCAUCAAUGCCGAUUUGAGGGAGCGAUAUGGUAGGGAUAACACAAUCGGCUUGGCUCAUCUGUUCUGCAACUACAGACGCCAGGACGAGCAGACGUUAGACGCCCUGCUGUCGGGUCUCUUGCGACAACUCGUGGAACCACAAGCAUCGCUACCAAAACAUGUUGAAGAAUUCUACGUCAGUCAAAAGGGAUUUUCGGACAGGGCAGAGGCUACGGCCAGAACUCUACAACUGGUGGCAUCGACUUACUCCAGGGUCUUCAUCGUCAUAGAUGCCCUCGACGAAUGUUCUGCGUCACAUGGUUGUCGCAUAGCGUUACUGUCGAGAAUCCAAGAACUUCAAAACACGUGUGGUAUCAACCUACUAGUCACUUCACGCUUCAUACCUGAGAUCGUUGAGAAGUUCAAGACAGCAUCCAUAAUAGAGAUUCAAGCAGAUAGAGAUGAUGUGCGGAGAUACCUCUCCGAGAACAUGUCACGCCUGCCAGGCUUUGUGCGCAAUAAAGUGGAAUUGCAAGAGGAAAUCAUCUCCAAAAUUGUGGAGGCGGUUCGCGGAAUGUUUCUCUUGGCUAAGCUACACCUUGAUUCUCUACUCGGCAAGAGAUCACCGAAGGCAGUUCGUAUUGCCUUGGACAAGCUUCCUACUGGUACUGAUGCUUAUGAUUCUGCGUAUGAUUCUGCAAUGGAAAGGAUUGAAGGCCAAAUGGCCGAACAGACGGAGCUAGCAAAGCAAGCUCUCGCUUUCCUCACUUGCGCCAGAGAGCCUCUCUCGACCAUGAAACUUCAAGAAGCGAUGUGCGUCGAGAUCGAUGAGCCCGAAAUGGACCCUGAUAAUUAUCCGGAUGUCAAAGAUAUCAUAGCCUCAUGUCUUGGUCUAGUCACCGUAGACGAUGACAGAAGCAUUAUUCGACUUGUUCACUACACAACGCAAGAGUACCUCGAGCGAACAUUAGACCGAUGGUUUCCAGCCGCAGAGGCUAUGAUAGCGGACGUUUGUCUAUCAUACCUAUGUUUGAAUCGUUACGCUGACCCCGCUUACUUGGACCCUGAUAAGGAUGGUAAUUGGUACCAAUAUGCUGCGAUGUACUGGGUUCACCAUGCUCGCCAAGCUCCGUCGAGCUUGGAGCGAGUGGUCGACUUUCUUACACAAGAAAUCUCUCUUAUAAGAAGUUAUAUCUCUUGGCGAGUUCCAUUAUUCACACCCGAAUAUAUCAAAGAACUAUGGAUCACUGGACUUCAUUUCGCAGCUGAAUAUGAUCUCGAGGACGUUAUUGCUCCAUUGCUCCAGCGAGGAUCUGAUCUAAGCCGAAGAGACGUAUAUGGCCAAACACCCCUUCUCACUGCUGCACGACAUGGGAGUAAAGCUGCCGCCGAGCAGCUGCUCAGACAUGGGUCUUCCACUGAUGAGCGUAUGGACAAAGGCAAUGGUGCUCAAACAGGAGAUACCGCCCUGCACCUUGCUUCAGAAAUUGGACAUGUCCCUAUCGUUAGACUUCUUCUGGAAGCUGGAGCAGCGACCAACUCACAAGGCGAAAAUUCUAACACGCCUCUAAGUAUUUCUGUCUACAGUGGGCGCACUGAGGUCGUCCAGGUCUUACUCGACGCAAAAGCUGAUGUGACAUUCCAUAACACGGGGAAAUUGGAUUCGAAGUCAAUAACACUACUAGGCAUUGCGAGCUUCAGAGGGCAUAUGGAUAUAGUUCAGCUUCUCAUCGCGGCUGGCGUUGAUGUCAACGAACGCGAUAAGAGGAACCAUGCGACAGCCUUGUUUUAUGCUGCAGCAGAUCACUCAAUCGACUGUGUUCGGAUCUUGCUUGAAGCCGGCGCAGAUCCCAACCUGCCUGCUGGCAAUUCAGAACAAUCUCUACUCAUGACGGUGUGUCAUAGGCAUCAAAAACACUCCAUCUCCAUAAUCAAGAUGUUGCUUGAUGCGGGGGCGGAUGUCAAUUAUGUCGACUCAGAAGGAUUGACCGCAUACUACAUUGCUAAACGAAAGGAUUCCCAUAUCGCCCAGUAUCUUCUGGAGCGUGGAGCCGAUCCAGAGCUAGGCUUGAAUGGCCGGCCUUACCCACCCAACAGUUAA